UAAACAAACAUCUACGUGGAAAGUUGAAAUCCGACAAAAAAUGAUAAAAAAUUAACAAAAAAAUUAAAUUUAAAAUUUUUUUACGAUGAAAUAAUGGAAAAGAAGUUGGAAAAGUACAGAAAACAACAAAAAAGGAAUGAAUUAUAUGAGAAUUUCAAAGCAAAAGUCACAAAAGUCUUCUCAUUCAAGCGCAACAAGAUGAAACAAGACGACGAUUUGGUCAUUCAAAUGACUGACGACACAAAUUUCGAUCAAAAAAAGCAACCAGAUGAUGUCAGUGAAGCUGAAACUGAAGAAAUUCUCGAAACAAUGCCUCAAGAGAAGCGAACUGCCUUCGAUUAUUUCGUUUAUUUUGUUUAUUUUUUACUUUAUGUCACUUUGUACGCGAUUGCGGUGCAAUUAAAGUUCGGAAUUGUCUUUUUUAUGCUCUCGUUGCUGUUUUUCAUCUACUUUUUCGGGACAAGUACACGGAGAAGGGCGAAAAAUGAGCCAAGUGCUUAUUCAGUUUUUAAUCCGAACGUUGAAAGUAUCGAUGGGACGCUGAAAGCAGAGCAGUUUGAACGGGAGAUUGGCAUUAGACAUACUUGAAAUUUGAGAAUAAAUGGAAAUAUUUUGUGAUAAAUU